AUGGCCGAGACAAAUGCCGACAUGGACCUUCCUAAGGGCUUCACUGCGCUGGCAAAGUUCAUGAAGGAAGGACAGAUCACGCCUUGGACUUUCGUCGACGUGAUCGGUGUAGUCAAAGACUUCCGGGCCCCAAUGAAAACAAGAAAUGAGGAUAUGAAGUGCGUGCUUCGCCUGAUUGAUAUUUCGAUCCAGGACCAGGUGACUUGGGAUGUUGAGUUGAACAUUUUCCGCGUACAAGAAAAAGACAUACCUAUAUGCGGUCCUGGAGAUAUUGUUGUUGUCCACCAAGCCAAGGUUCAAAAGCACUCCGGAUCGCUCUCUCUUUUGACGAACAGGGCAACGACUGCCAUUCAUGUAUAUCCCGCGUCCAAGAUUCCCCCGUAUCCUCAGCCGGCCUCUCAACCCCUGACGCCAUCUAUGAAGGAUGCUGGUCAGAAGUCGAAGCCUGGCGCCGAGAAGUAUGUGUCCUGGCUGCAUCAGAAUAUCAAGGCAGAAUGCAUUCCGGAUGCUGAAGUCUUCGCAACUCGUGUGGCGCAAUCAAUCAAGGGGGAAAAGCAAAAGCUUUGCGAGCUUCAAGAAGUCAGGGAUGGCACUUUCCGUGACCUGAUCGUCCAAGUUGUUAAAGAACCAUUUGAUUCUGGUGACAAGGUCACGCUGUAUGUGUCUGACUACACCGAGAAUACGUCCUUCUAUAAUCACGCUUGGAAGGGUCAGACGCAGGACGGAGGGAGAGACGGAGAUCCCUACGGCUACACUUCGGGAAAGGCAGGCAAUCCUAAUGCGCAGGUCGAUUGGGCAGGUCCCUUUGGCAAAAGGUGCAUACAGAUAACGUGCUACGAGCCACACGCAUCGCUUAUCCGCUCUCAAGUCAAGUGCGGCGAUUGGGUUCAUCUUUUGAACAUCCAGAUCAAAUUUGGGAACAACGGACUGAACUUGGAAGGCUUCCUCCGUCAAGACCGCACCGACUUCGCCAGAAAAAUGUCCAUAGAGGUUCUUGAUCCACAAGAGGACCCGGAAAAUGUCCAUCCUGCCCUCAAGAACGCGAUACGGAGAAAACGCAAUUACGAAAAAGAGUUCAAGGCUCAAAAAAAGGAGAUCGAUUCGGUCAUUGGGAGGACGAGUAAAAAGCGGUCUGCACCUGAUCAAGCAGAGAAACCUUUGAACUCAAAGCAGAGACGAGCGCUUCAACGAGCGCAGUUGGCCGAGAAGGCAAAGGGGGACGAGAAACCUGCAUUGCCAGCUGCAGCUCCUCUCCCUGACCUUAACCCCUUAGUGACCUGCGAGCAUCACGACAAACCGACGAGUCUCAUACCUGACAUCCUGGAGCCGGCGACCUAUGAAGCCACAGUGCAAGGCUCCACCGUUGUUGUCAAACUGCCUUUCACCGUUGUCCAAUACCGUGCCAAUGUGCGCGUGAUUGACUUCCACCCUCCAAGACUCGAAGACUUUGCUUCCGGCCGCAAAAGAACAGAAUACGACAUAUUGUCUGAUAAUUCAGACUCCGAGUCCGACUCGAAUUCAGAAGAGGAAGAUGGAGGGACUCUAGACAACUUCGUCGGCGAGCGCGUCUGGGAGUGGCGCUUUGCUCUACGCCUCCAAGAAGCGACAUUGACGACGGCUGGCAAGAAACACAGCCCAGGCACAAAGAACAACACCUUCUGGGUUCUGGUCGACAACCUCGAAGCUCAGCUUCUAACGGGCCUUGACGCCUGCAAUCUUCGCACUGACCCUGAUGAGCUAUCCAAGCUGCGCGAGAAGAUGUUCAUUCUCUGGGGUGAUCUUGAAGAGAAGAAAUCCAAGGCGCUCAUUGAUGCCGGUAAUAAGAAAAAGACCAAGGCAAGCAACAAGACCCCCAGCGAUCGACCACCGUUGGAUAGCUCCGACGCUGAGAUGAUCGACAAGCCGUCUGGAAAGGGGGCUAGCGACAAAACUGUUUCCAACCGGCCCUUUACUUGCUGCGUGCGUCAGUAUGGUGUGCAGGUAAAGGAGCCCAACGAAACGAAAGCAGACGCGGGAUUUGGCAAGCGAUGGGAACGGGUGUUUGGACUUUUUGGGACCAAGAUAUGUGGUGGAUAA